AGGGUCGUAAGGCAGUACCGCUCGCGACGUCGACGGGAUUUCUCAUCCUCCCCUCCCCCCUCACCACCCUCGUGAGAGAGCUCGUGAUGUUUGACUUUCGGUGAGUCGCGGACGCCCGGUGAGAAAGUAUCCUCGGUCUUUCGAGGGGAUCCUUGCGUGACGCAAGGGCGCAAGAAAGAGAGAGAGAGAGAGAGAAUCCCUUUCGAGUGUGAAGAAUUGUCUCGCCGGCGGGUGCCGGCGCCACGCGACGUGUCAGUAACCUCCAAAUAACAGGGUGGAAGCGCAAGGGGUGGGGGAGGAGGUGCCGACACGCGCGCACACACACACGCACACAUCGAGGCGGAAAGAGUGGGGGUGACUUUUAACCAGAUUAAUCGAGCCUGUCGUUUAAUUAACGACACGGAAUAUACUCCGGACAGCUCCGGCGAGAUUAUCGCGCGCCGUGGCCGAGGACGGAGUCGCCGAAAAUUAAGCGGCGACUCGAAAGUGUACCGUCUCGUCGCGUUUAACGUGUUACACAGGACUCUCAGACGGCGAGAGGGCGAGAGAGGGCGGUGAAACGAAGGGUGGAACGCGCGGAGGAACGAAUAAGUAAGAAGGGAGAAUGAGAAGGGGAUGAAGGAGGGGAGGCGAGAGGAAAAAUCCACACUCUUGGGCAGUCGAAAAAUUAGGACCGAUUAUCGUAUUCCGGCUAUGAGACCGCUGCUUUGCACGGACAAGUGAAAUCGCCCUCGCUGCUGUCCAACCUUUGCUCCGGUAACGCGAUGUUAACGAGGAAACUAUAUUAAUACGGACAACUCGAAGAGAAAGAGAGAGAGGAAGAGAGACACGAGUUAUUUUGAUACUAGAGAAGCUUUUUCGGGAGAAGAAACGAGGAGGAGGAGCUGAAGAAGAGACAUGGGGUGCAACACCAGCAAGGACAGCUUCCAGCCGGCGGUGGACGAGGCGAAGGAGGAUUCCGUCAAGAACGGGGAUAUCUCUAAAGCUGCGGAAGACGGUACAGCGAAAGCGGACAAGGAGAAGGGCGCAGAGAACGAGAAGGACCAAGAAGCCGCGGCCACGAAGAUACAAGCGGUUUUCCGUGGACACUGCGCUAGGAAAAGUCUGAAGCAGCCGUCGAAAGCGGAGGAGCCGAGCGAACCGGAGGAGACUACGAAAGAGGAGCUCCAGAAAGAAUUCCCUGCCGACGACAAGGAUCUCUUGAGCGCGGCGACCAAGAUACAAGCGACUUUCCGGGGCCACAUGUCGAGAAAGGAGCAGGCCGCGUCCGCUGCCGCCAAAUCGGCGAUGAACAUAGUCGGCAGCGCAGCCGCUAAGAUAGAGGAGAAGAUGCAGGACGCAGUGCACGAGUUAGAGGGGAUCGACUUGGCCGAUCCGGACCUGCACAAGGCGGCGACUAAGAUACAAGCGAGUUUCCGCGGUCACAAAGUCCGUCAGGAAGUCAGCAUGCAUUGUACUGUCGACGAGUCUAAAAAAUAAGACGCUUAUGCGAGCGCAGGAAUGCCGGGGGAUAGAUUACUAACUUAUUAAAAAGCCAGUGCCAUUCUUAACAGGUUGAAAGCCAGCCCCCCGCCCCUCCCCCUCUCCCCUCCUCACCAACCCUGCCCUAUCCUUUUUCUUUUCUUGUAACUUAUUAUGAUGCAGCAGUCGCGAAUUAGCGAGUCGUGUGCGUAAAACGUACGAUGCAUUCCUUGUGAGAUAAAAUCAUGUUUCCUUGCGAGACUAUUAUCCCGAUCGUUAGCUCACCGAGUCGAGUCGCAAAUUGUAAACAACGAUACCGUUUAUUUUACGUUCAUCGCAACAAUUAACACAGCCUUCGCCCGGGACCAGUGAGACUUACGCGACGGUAACACUUAUAUCAUACUUUGGCUAGAAACGAAGAUCCCUCGAACGAGGUAUAUGCAGGCUGAGGUACUUUUCAAUGGGCACACCUCAAUAUCUCUAUUAUUUACGGAUAUACGUAAGGAAAAAAAAAAAAGUUGUCACGAAACGAUCGAGGUUGCAUCGUGUGUGUAAAGGGAGGAUAUGGUUAUAAGUGGAGAAAAAGAAGCAUUGUUCCUCUCGAGCCGAUUCUUCUAGAUCGAUAGAUUAAUUUUUAAUCGAGCCAUCGCUGCGUAUUUCCGAGCUACCUACAUUUCUCAUGGUUUACGAUAAAGACAGACGAGCGGAUUUUUUAAAAAGACUUUCGUGCACGUGUAACGACGGUAUCGCGGCAUGAGUUACGUAAGGCAUAAUGAUAGAAAAAAAAUGAGACGUAGAAAUGAGGAGGAGAGGUGGUCUCUGCGAGUAUUCGAUAUAUGAUACAAGUUAUGCUUUGCGAGACCAGAGAAAGAAAGAGAGUAAAGAGAAUACGAAAUCUCCUCGCAAUUUGAUCUUCGAAAUUCGGGAAAAUUGAGAACGAUAGGAUAGAACUUUGACGUUUUACGCACGAUAUAAAAAAAAAAAACGGAGCAUACAUUAAGAAACGCGUACCAAUAAUAAAACGCACGAAUAAACAACACGUACAAGUUCCUGUAUUUGUAAUCGAAAUAAACGGUAUGGUUGUGGCGCGCCUCCGAUUUUAAACUUACGAACGACGACGAAAGAGUUGCAUACGGCUGUCUUUUUCGAAUACUCUUUCCUACAAAUUUUCGAAAGUCAAUUUCGAUUCUCUCACGUUCCUGAUUUGCCGAGCGUCACACGAGAGCAGCGGAACGUCUACGACCAACUGUGCGUUUUCGGCUUUCUACCUUCACAUUCUCCCGCAACGAUAGUUUCCUUCUUCGCUCUUUCUCCCCCCCCAGAGUUCGAUGUAUAUACAUUUCAUUUUCCGUUUCGCUUUAAAUGCGGAAAAAUGUAAAAAUGUGUCUUCGGGAAGAAAGUAAUAACAAGGACAAUGACCUAAGAACAAAAUAAGUUGGAGACUACUACUCUCGAUCGUCACAGUAUUCAACCUGUUAACUUUAGAGAGGAACUGUGAGUUUAAAAAAGAUACUGUCCCGUAUACUUGUGGAGUAUAAAAGGGGCUAAGAAACACAAUUCCAAACUUUCGAAUAAUUUUUUCCAAACGUUGGGAAAGAAGAUUAUAUUGUACUUGCGUUUUACUAAUACAAUAAUAAAACCUCUAUUUAACGGAAAGUGAUACGGCGGAGUUUAGGAAUUUCGAAGCAAAGUCUACAAUUGUAUCCAUAGAUGCAUAGACGACGGAUCUAUGGAGCUCCCUACUAACGUUCUCUUCAAUAUUAAGUGAUAUCGCUCGAACGAUUCCCGCAGAUGCUUCUCACGCGUUAAUGUACCGAAGGCACCUAAAAUAAUGCGCUUAAAAAACUUAAAAAAAGCAUGUGCGAUUCGUCGACCUGUUCGCUCGAUAAUGGAGCGGUUAAAUCAUCCAUUAAAUAGAGGUUCCCUACUAUCGAUUAAAAGUGUACGUAAAAAGCAGGAUUCGCGCGGCAGCUUGAGAGAAGAUUUAGAGGUCCGUCGAAGUAACGAGUCCGUUCCUUCCAAUUGCGAUUGCUUUUCGAGCUUACCGGCUCAACAUUUUACGUACACACUGAAGUUAAAGUGCGACAUUACGCGCUUCAAUCCUUAUCCGUUUCCUUCGGCAACUGAUUUCGCGCGAUAGAGAAAGGAAAUUCUCUGGAAAAUCGACCGUUAACUCUCUCUUCAACCUUGCGUUUCAAUAAUUUGCCAACUUCCUUCGUUAACUUUCUGUUAAGUGGGCAAUCUAGCCUAUAACCUCGAAAGGCAAUUUAUUUUACCAGGCCUAAAGCAUUCGUUCGCGUAAGCUCGCGCGCGUAUCGAUCACCUCUUGUGUGUGCGAACGCAGCAACGAGCGAUCGGUAAAAACGAUUCGAAAUGGAUAUUACGGAGCGCAGCAAAUCGAUCUUGCAACUGGAUCACACUCCAACUAUAAACUGUACGUUAUUCAAUGCCAGCUUUACUCGUCCACAAAGCAGGGUACUGCGAACUUAUUAUUUUUACUUUUUCACCCAGAAUCGUCCAGAAUUUUUCUACCGAGCGGAUAUUACUUUCGUCUUCUACAAUUUGCGCAAUUUGUACCGAUAGGAAUCGGGAGAAUACAUCCGUGCGCGUCGAACAAUUUGCGCGACGUUUUCCGUGUGUGUGUUACACGUUUUACACCGGCUGCGAACGAUAAACUGCACAUACUGAUCGCGACGAAAUUCCGUACUUUAAUGUAGUACCUGCUGUACGAGAGCGAACGCGUCGGGCGAGCUUCUCAACUGUUUUAUUUUGCACGUAAUAUAUCCGCGCGAUUGGUUUCGAUUGCGAUGGUACGUGCAGCUAUCGUACAACAGCCGGCAAGAUAUAUAAGAGAUAUAGUUGAACGUAUUACUCAAUUUCCGAUACUUUGUUCUUUUCGAAAUCCCGUUUCCCAGUUCCUAAUAUUUCACGUUCCCGAAUCUCAAUUUCUAAUGAUUCCCCCGAAUUUCUAAUUCACCGUCAGUAAUUUUCGAUUUCUAGUUAAAGGUUGCAGCAAAUCCCACCAGUUUUCUCUUUUAUUGUAAUUAAGUUUCUGGGCUUUACUUUCCCGUUUUUAAUUCUUAAUCUCUAUAAACGAAUAUUGUGUCUUGAAUCACACGAUUACACAUUACUCAUAGGUUGUCUACGAUUACCGCUUGUAGAAAAUUAAAACGAAGCUUUGGCUAUCGUCGAAAAUGAUCUAUCAUCGAGUAACGUUACGUAGUUCACGUCGGAGCGACUAUUGUGGGCGAAUAAUAUUUGUUGAUGCCGUAUUAAUAUAGAAAAAAACGUUGCGACGAAUAAUAGACAUUUUUGUCGAUACGUUACUUUAUCACGUAUGAAUAGUUUAGUGAUGCACACACAAGAAGUUGUGGUAAAAUAUAUUGUAAGAAUGUAAUAAAAACGUACUACUGAGACGAG